GGCAUUCGCUCGAAUCUAACCAACCGACGCUGAGUAGGGAUCGGAUAAAGACGCGUUCUGUGGCAUCUGCCAAAACUCCCGACCACUCCGCUCACAAUUGUCAACGGAGAGACAGUAGCCCGCAAACAGCAGACACCUGACAGGCAACAGAAGGGCUAAAGCAAGAGGCAACAUAAUACAUUUAGCCGUAAAAUGCAACAGUCUUUGUUGGAUUAAAACAUCAUUCAAAGAUAAACGUCGCAUAGGCAGUGAAACUAGGACGAACGCCGGUGCUGAAGCUCAACUGCGACUAGGGAGGUGUAGACGGGAAUACUCAAAAGAUCGAAUUUGUCUGUGAUGAGAAUCGCCAUCCACCAGAGACCUAAGGCAGAGGAAGUGAUGUCCGGUCACCACAAUCGCUUCGAGAGGGAGUACCGGGGGACACCGUGGGAGAGGCGGGACAUCGUCCGUUCGGCCGGCCUCCUUAAUGGAGCGGGAGCCAAUAACUGCUGCGCCGCCGCUGUCGGCAAUGGAAACAACCGGCCGGGACUCCUCCCACUGCCCGUCAUCCCCUCCCUCCUGCCCACCCCAGUUACGGUUGCUGUGACGACGUCGAGUGGUGGUGACAUGGUCAUCAAGCGUCAAGGAGGGGUCACGAUCGCUGUUGCUGGUUCUGCCAAGGUGUCAGGUGGGUCUCCAGGGGAGAGGGAGAGCCAGGCUCCAGGUCUGCUGUUAGCGCCAGGGGUGAAGUGGGGACAGACGCCCAUCAACCAGCUCACACCCUGGGAGACGGAAGAACCCCCUGCCAAACAGCAGCACAGAGAUAGUGAAUCUACAGGUCCUACGUGGGCACCUCCAGUAGUAACAGUGACCCAAUCCAGUCUCCUGCCCCACUCCUAUUCCCUCCGCCCCCUCCUUCAGCCACAGUGUCACUGUCCAGUCGCCCAUCAUAGGUGUGACCCCUCCAUCCAAUCCCCCAUGCCCCCCACCCCCACCCACUCAUGACAGCCCA